AUGGCCGGUGUUCUGUGUUUUUUCUGUGCUGUAGUUUCAGCUACAACUAUUAUAUACGGUGUAAAUUUUGUAGCAGCAGCUGACGAUGGCUUCAGCCACCACGAGUCUCUGGACGAAGAAGGAAAGUUCCAGCUGUUCUGGAAGUUUGACGAGAAUAAGAUCGAGUUCGAAGCCCGGGUAGAGACGACAGGGUGGGUCGGCUUGGGUCUGUCUCCGAACGGAGGCAUGCCGGGUUCUGACAUCGUCAUCGGCUGGGUUAAAGACGGGACUGCCCACCUCACGGACCGCUACGCUGAGGCAAAGGCACAGCCGCCUGUGGACGAGAGCCAGGACUGGGAGCUUUUGUCUGGGUACGAGAACGGGACUCACACCGUCCUGAGGUUCAACAGGGAGCUGACGACAUGUGACGAGAAGGACCGCGUUAUUAACGAGGACACCAUGCGUGUUCUGUGGGCGUGGCAUGACCAGGACCCGGCUGAAGACUCGGGAGAGAACGGCCCGGUCUACCACGGGGCGAACCGGGGGGCCAGGGCCACACUUCUCCUCAACAGGAAACUCAUCGAGACGGCCACAGCAGGAACUACCUACUCACUGGAUCUACUCAUGAACAACGUCUUGGUUCCUGAUCAGAAGGACACGACAUAUUGGUGCCGUGUGUUCGAGUUGCCAAAACUGGGCAGCAAACACCACGUUAUCAAGGUAGCACCUAUCGUUACCCCGGGUAAUGAAGGCGUGUUCCAUCAUGUGUUGAUCUACAAGUGCAAAACGAACCCGAACAUCACCAUCACACCCUUGGAACAUCCGGGACAUGAGUGUCAAUCUCCCAACAUGCCUCAGGACUGGUAUGGUUGCUACGAAGGGAGCCUCGUCAUGGCAUGGGGCAUCGGCGGAGGGGACGUGGUUUAUCCCGAGCACGUUGGUUACCCCAUCGAUGACGAUGAGAACGGGGGCCAUCUGCUCAUGGAGGUCCACUACGACAACCCGCAGCUGAUGUCAGGAAUUCACGACAGUUCCGGCGUCAGAAUGACGUACACACCUGACCUGAGAGAUAACGAUGUAGGAACCUUUGUGGUCGGCGUGAUUGUGAACAAAUAUCACGUCAUCCCUCCUCAUGCCGUGGACUUUACAUCUGUCGGGUUCUGCAACUCACAGUGUCUAACCGCAUUUUUAGAGGAGCUCGGUGAACCCAUCAAGAUUAUCGGGGUUAUGUUGCAUUCUCAUCUGCUGGGCGUCAGACUGAACACCAGGCUGAUCCAUGAAGGUGUGGAGACAGUCAUCGCGCAAGAUGACAACUAUGACUUCAACCUGCAGAACACCAGGAUGCUGCAGGAGGAAGUCACUGUCUAUCCGGGAGACACUCUGAUUAACGAGUGCAUCUACAACUCAGCACACAAAGAUACUGUCACAUAUGGUGGACUGGGUACACCAGAUGAGAUGUGUGAGAGCUUCUUCCUGUACUACCCGAGGUUUAACAUGAAUAUAUGCGAAAGCAUGCCUAACAUAGACCAUACCGUUCGCUUCGCUGGAGUUGAGAGCUUUGAAAUUCAAUAUGACAAUUAUUGGGAUGUCCAAAUCACCGCACCAGAACACAUGGUUAACAAGACCUACAAGGAGGUGAUGGAGGCAGUUCCGUGGUCUCGCGAGAAAGCACGAGACUUUUCCGAACACCUCAUGAAUUCAACAUUCUACUCGUAUUGCGCCGGAAGUGCGGAGUCCAACGUUGACACUGCCGCCUUGGAACAGCCUGCCGCCUCCUUCCCACGCGGAGUCAGACUGACGGCGGAAGACGUCUGUAGCCUGACCGCUACACCGACUCCUGGUCCCGUCGGCGGGUCUACGGCACUACAGGCCCAUCAAGCUGCAGUUCACAUCCUGCUCGCAUGUCUUGUGGCGCUCGUGCUUAAUGUGUUGGCAGAGUAACGUUUACUGGCACUUUGAAAUGAUCCAGAAUGACAAAGAAAACGAAUUUAUUUUUAGGGCAUAAUGUCAAGAAAUGUGUUUCAAAGAAAUCAAUAAAUAGGAGAUUGUAAAGUUACGGACAUCCUUUUAU